UGACGGUGACGGCGGCGCGACAGCAGCUGGAGGGCAGAGGAGGCGGCGCGGCCGGUCCAGCCCUCGCCAUGAGGCCGCAGCAGGCGCCGGUGUCCGGGAAGGUGUUCAUUCAGCGAGACUACAGCAGCGGCACCCGCUGCCAGUUCCAGACCAAGUUCCCCGCGGAGCUGGAGAACCGGAUCGAUAGGCAGCAGUUUGAAGAGACCGUCCGAACUCUGAAUAACCUGUACGCGGAAGCUGAGAAGCUCGGAGGCCAGUCCUACCUGGAAGGCUGCCUGGCCUGUUUAACGGCCUAUACCAUCUUCCUGUGCAUGGAGACGCAUUAUGAGAAGGUUCUCAAGAAAGUGUCCAAGUACAUUCAGGAGCAGAAUGAGAAGAUCUACGCCCCGCAGGGCCUCCUGCUGACAGAUCCCAUCGAGCGGGGGCUGCGAGUUAUUGAAAUCACCAUUUAUGAAGACAGAGGCCUGAGCAGCGGAAGAUAAGCCCUAGAAGCUAAAGAUCCCACCUCCAGCCGGGACCCUUGUCUGUCCCUGGCCGACCGCGUCCCUGCCUCCUCUCCAGAGCGUCAUUCCUUGUCUCUGCCGCCAGAGCCACGGUGCCAUUCACUCCAAGGACUGACUUUCUAAACGCCCGCACCCGAGUGACCCGUCGCUCAGCGCCCACUCUGUGUCUCCACACUGUAGGACUCCGUGACCUUAGGAUUCGUUUCUGAGAAAACACAAUGAAGCGCUCCACUUCUGCUGACCUAAAGCCAUCGAAGACAGGACGUGGGGCGGCCCAGGGCAGGGCUGGCUUCCUGCCUGCCCCGGGACAGCUGGCUGUGUUGGUUCCAUGGGCCAGUCCCCGGGUAGCCGUCGCUUUGGGCGAGGCCCGUCUCGGCUCGCGUCUGGGCUCGGGGCUCCCGGUGAGCGGGAGGCGUCUGUCCGGGGUUGUGCCUGGAGAGGGCGGGGUCUGUGGUCUUGCCAUCCGUCUCCCAGGUUGCAGAGAGCCCUCAGUCUCGCCGUGACUCGCAUCUUGUACGCCCCAUCUCUGCUGUGCGGUUUCUGACACUGAAGCUCACUGAGAAAGCUCCGUGCCGUGUUGUGUGUUUCGUUAUAGCGAUGAGCCCUCAUUAAAGCAGUAUUUCAUGCCGAGCCCCGGAACUCGGAGCGUCUUCUGUCGCUGUCGCGUCACCUCGAAUGUUGCUGGGAAGAUGCGGUGCGCGUUGCUCGUUCAUUACCAAACUCAGUAAGCACAAUAAAGCAGACGCCGGACCAUCAAGCGCAUAACCCCGCCGCGUCCCUGAGCGUGUCAGACACCGUGUAAUACAUAUUUUAAUUAUAGUUUUGUUAUAAAUAUAACUUAUGAGAAAUGGCAAUUUGAUAGGAAUGAUACUGUAUAUUGCUGAUUUUUAACGACCUCCCUGACAAACCUUAGAUCCCCGCACCUCCCUUGCACGCAGCGGGAUUGGUUCCCAUCCAGCGAGGUCAGUGCUUGCCCAGGUGAAGUGCUCAGGUCCGAGUCAGCGUGGGUGGCUUUCCCUCUGGCCGGGGGCUGCUCUGGGAGAAAGGGACGAGGUGCGUGAGGAGAGAAUGAGGCAGUGAAAGGUUCUACUUCCGGCGAUGUCGUAGGUGCUAAUACUGGAUCUCACCAUGCAGAUUUGGUUUCUUCUCUGGGUCUAUUGGUUACUCCGUACGUCCCGUAAGUCUGUACUAUUUUCACCUUUGUUACUUGAUAGCCUGUAGUAGUCCGUCUGUCUGCCUUUUCAACCCGUUGCAAUAACUUUGCUGAAAUAUUAACACGUUAGUAAAACUUUUCUUACACAAAU